AUGAAUUGGAACACGAGUAUUGAUUGCUGUAAUUGGGAUGGUGUCACUUGUCACCACUUCACCAAUGACGUCAUCGCUCUCGACCUUAGUUGUGGCAUGCUACGAGGUACCAUCCACUCUAACUCCACCAUCUUCAACCUUCCUCACCUCCAAACACUCAAUCUUGCUUUCAAUAAUCUUAUCAAUUCUCAACUUCCACGUGAGAAUGGAAGGUUUUCUAAUAGUCUCAUACAUCUCAACCUCUCUGAUAGUGGGUUCACAGGCCAAGUUCCUAUGGAUAUUACAAUUCUUCGUAAAUUGGUGUCUCUUGAUCUCUCUUGGAAUGAUUUGAAGUUUGAACCUCAUAUCUUCUACAAUCUCCUACAUAAUUCUAGUAGUUUGGAAGAGCUAUCGCUAAAUGAUGUUAAUAUCUCGUCAAUUUUACCCACUUAUCUUAAUCUCUCUUCUAUGAAAUUACUCCAUCUCUUUAGGACCGGUUUGCUAGGGAAAUUACCCGAUAACAUCUUUAAUCUUUCGUAUCUGGAAGAACUUGACUUGUCAGGUAACGAUGACCUCACUGGUCGAUUUCCCAAAAUCUACACAAACAUUAGCAUCCCUCUCAAGUUGUUAGAUCUCUCAAACACAAAAUUAUCAGGAGAAAUACCCGACUCAAUCGGUCAUCUCAAGUCUUUGAAUUACUUGCUUCUCUUAGGCACCAACUUAUCAGGAGAAAUACUCGAGUCAAUUAGCCAUCUCAAGUCUUUGACUUACUUGGAUCUCUCAUACACCAACUUAUCAGGACAAAUACCCAACUCAAUAAGCAAUCUCAAGUCUUUGGGUGACUUAGAUCUCUCAUACACCAACUUAUCAGGAGAAAUACCCGACUCAAUCGGUCAUCUCAAAUCUUUGACUAGAUUAUAUCUCUCAGUCACCAACUUAUCAGGAGAAAUACCCGAAUCAAUCGGCCAUCUCAAGUCUUUGAUUCGCUUAGAUCUCUCACACACCAACUUAUCAGGGGAAAUACCCGAAUCAAUAGGCUAUCUCAAGUCUUUGAUUCGCUUGGAUCUCUCAUACACCAAUUUAUUAGGAAAAAUACCUGACUCAAUCGGCCAUCUCAAGUCUUUGACUGACUUGUAUCUCUCAGACACCAACUUAUCAGGAGAAAUACCUAACUCAAUCGGCCAUAUGAAGUCUCUGACUCACUUAUAUCUCUCAGACACCAACUUAUCAGGAGAAAUACCCGAGUCAAUCGGCCAUCUUAAGUCUUUAGAAUUCUUGGAUCUCUCAAACACAAAAUUAGCAGGAGAAAUACCUCACUCAAUCGAUGAUCUCAAGUCUUUGUAUUACUUGGAUAUGCAUUCCAACCUAAUUCAGGGGUCAUUCCCUCCAUCAAUUUGCAACAUGAAUAAUCUGUCGUAUUUGGAUAUGUCCGAUAAUAGAUUUGAUGGAGAGAUUCCACAAUGCUUAGGUAAUAACAGUUUGAAUCUUGAGAUGGUAGACUUGGGAAACAAUAAUUUUUAUGGCACCAUUCCAAAUACAUGGGUUGAUUGUGGUGUAUUAGAGGGAUUGAUUUUGAAUGGAAAUUCAUUAGAAGGAGAGGUCCCGAGUGGGUUGUCUAAAUGUGAAUCCUUGAGAGUGCUUGAUUUGGGAAACAACUACUUAAAUGGUACAUUCCCUCACUGGUUAGCUAAUCUUCAACAUCUCCAGGUUCUUGUUCUCAAAUCAAACAAGUUGCAUGGUCCUGUAGAAACCUCUUCAAUCAUUAAACACCCAUUUUCUAGUCUCAAAGUGCUCGACUUAUCUCAAAACAAGUUUGUAGGACAUCUCCCUAGAACAUAUUUUCAAAAUUUUGAUGCGAUGAAGAACGGGGUUAAGAAGAGCAGAGAACUGGAAUAUUUGAACAUUGGCAAGUUCUACUCAAUCACUAUUGCAGUGAAAGGUUCGGAACUUCCAUUUCCAAAAAUUUCAGUUGACUACACAAUUGUUGAUCUAUCUAGUAACAUAUUUGAAGGAGAGAUUCCAGACGUUAUUGGUGGGCUUUACUCUUUGAUAGUACUGAACUUAUCCCACAACAACCUCAAUGAUCGAAUCCAUGAAGCUCUAGGAAAUCUCUUGGAGAUCGAGUCCUUAGACCUAUCAUGUAACCAUCUAGUAGGAGAGAUACCCCAAAGUCUUGCCUUUAUCACAGAUCUUGAAGUCUUAAAUCUGUCGCAAAACCAUCUUGUGGGUCCCAUUCCUGACGGAACACAGUUCAAGACAUUUGAAGCAACCUCAUUCGAAGGGAAUCCGGGACUAUGUGGGUUUCCACUGCCUAGGUGUGAACAUCAGAGUGCCCCACUACUUGAAGUCGAUAGAGAUGAGAAGACUCGAUUUACAUGGAAAGUGAGCACAUAA